AACCAAAAUUAGUUAUUAUUUGUGUUUGAAUUCCCAAAAAAUAUUUAAUAAAAUUAUAUUAAUUGAAGCGCAAAAAGUAGAGUAGAGAAGUGUUAACUGGUGUGAAUAGACGUCGUGAGUUGGAGAGCUCUUAAAUCGGAAAUAAAAUCUGAAAACAAUUUUAAUUAAUAGUGUGAAAAAAAAACAAAAUAACAAGCCCCCAAAAAUGUCGUUAAGACUUUUAAUUAAACUAUUCUUUUCGGAAUUUAUUGCUACGGGAUUUUUAAUGUUCGCCGGCUGUAUGGGAGCCUGGGAAUCGACGAUAUUUCCCAAUACAAAUUUCCAAAUCAGCAUUAAUAUAGCUCUCAUUGUGAUGAUAGUUGUUCAAUGUUUCGGUCAUGUAUCGGGUGGUCAUGUCAAUCCUACUGUUACCGUGGCGGCCUUUAUUAAUGGUGUCAUAAAUUUCCCCAUGCUAGUGGUCUAUGUUUUGGGUCAAGUUUUGGGUGCUACAGCAGGUUUUGGCAUUUUAAAGGCUGUUUCACCACCUAUGCCCGAUAAUUUCUGUUUAACUUUACCCAAUCCGGAACUCACGACGUUACAGGUGUUUGUGGUGGAAUUUGUUAUAUCGAGUAUGUUGACUGUGGUUGUGUGCUCAAUUUGGGAUUCCAGUAAUGCUGGCCGACAUGAUGCAUUACCCAUACGUGUUGGUUUUACUUUGGGUUCAUUGGUAUUCUCAGCGAGUCGCUUAAGUGGCGGUAGUUUGAAUCCUGCUCGCUCCUUUGCCCCUGCUCUCUUGAUGUCCAAUUUCGACUACCAAUGGCUGUAUUGGGUAUCUCCCUUAUCAUCCGCCCUCAUCACCAGUAUUAUUUAUAAAUACUUCUUUAAAACUCCCGAACCAAAAGAGAUUAAAUCCAACAACACUGUUGAAGAAGACCAAAAUAAGGUUCAAGUUUAAAUCGAAAAAAAAAAAAAAUUGAAAAAGAAAAUACGAAAAAAAAUUAUAUUUUAGUUAUCUGAAAUUAUU